AUGUCAAAAAAGGACUUUGAUAAGGUGCUCGCAAGACAGAGGCCUACGGUGAGCAAAGCUGACCUUGAUGUUCAUGAGCGUUUCACAAAGGAGUAUGGAGAAGGAGAGUUCUCGUCUACAGCCAGAGAUGAUAUAGUGGAGAAAUCUGACGACAAAGGUGCUGGAGGAGAAGAAUUUACUACGGAAGGGGAUAUCGAGAGAGUAGCGGGAGAUGGGAGAGUUUGUCACCAGCAGUUUGGGGGAAGGGUCCGACAAAUCUACGACGAUUGUAUAGUGAAUGAUGGUGUCGAGGAGAGCUAG